CGCAAAAUAUCGAGUAUGAUUGAUGUAGAGGACGCCAUGCGCGCGCGGAGAAUGAGCGGAGCCAUGGCGGGACCAGCAGGCGGAGCGGUGGCGGGGGGAGUAUUUAACCUGAGCCUGGCAGGGGGAAGGUUACCCUUACAGCACAGGGCAUUGGGAGCGGGGCUCGUGAUGUCAAAGGGAGCGGGAAAUGGGGCGAUGUACGGAGCCAUCACCGGCGUAGGUGGUGGAGGUGAGAGAGGGGUUGAGCUCGACGGACCCUUGUCUUCGGCUACCACGUUUGGCAACGGCAAAGGGUUCCUUCCCGGUGUCCCCGGGGCCACGCUCAUGACUGGGAAGCCCUGUUUUGACAUCCAAUUAGACGAUGCAGAGUCGUUUUGGGACAUGUCGCUGCUCAGAACUUAUCCUGAAUACAAUGAUGAUGGUGGGAUCGAUCGUGAGGAUGGUAGGCAAUACGAGGAGGAGAACGGGGGGAGGGGGUGGGGGGGAGCGGGGGGGGGGGGGGAGGUGGAUAGGAUGAGAAUCGGAUCGCGGGGCUCGGCAGUAGGGUCUAGCGGAGGGAUGGGACAGAGGAGAUCGGGUCGGGAUUCGGACAUCUUUGUGUCUUGCUCCUCUGAGUUAGGCGAAGAAGGGGGGUUGGGUAGCUUCGGCGUGGAGGUGCCAGAUUUAGGACCUCUGUACGACGCGUUGUCAGACUCGCCGCUGUGUUCGCCUCCGUCGCAGGAGUUCCUGGAUGACGUGGACAUGGCAAUGCGGAAUGGGAGGGGAGGGGGAGGAAGGGGAGGAGGAGGAAGGGGAGGAGGAACAGUAGGGGGAGGGGGAGGAGGAGGAGGAGGAGGAGGAGGAGGAGGGGUUCCGAAUAAAACGGGCUCGAUUAUGACCACAAGUUUUCCCGGGUCGUUUUUCAGCUUGUUAAGUAGUAAUAAGAAUAGGAAUCAAGGUGGGGGAAGGGGGGGGGGAGUAGGAGAAGGAGGAGGAGGAGGAGGUAACCAGCGGCACUCUCCCAAUCAAUCGGUGGGAUCAUCGUCGGUACAGAGCUCGGUACAGAGCUCAGGUAGUCGUAGCAGCCCGAGGCAAAGCUCUCGAGACUCCGACGAGGAUGAUGACGAUGAUGAAGACGACGAUGACGAUGCACAUCUGGAGAAGAAGAAACCGACAGCAGGAGGCAAACCGACCAAACCCUUGGAUAGAUAUGGUUUCUUGAAGAAUUCUUGCGAAGCUUCCGUCACCGAUUUCAAGCGGCCGAAGAGCAAUCUAGAUCGCGAGAGGGAGGAGCGAAGAUUGCGGAAAUGGAGGAAAAUGAUCGGAGCUGGUGGGGCAGACUGGAAACAAUAUGAGAAGAAGAAACCUAUGAUCAGGUCCUUGUAUAACGUUCUGAAGGCAUACUCCUUGUAUGACAAGGAUGUUGGGUAUGUGCAGGGCAUGGGAUUUCUUGCAGGCCUGUUACUCCUAUACAUGGGUGAAGAGGAUGCAUUCUGGCUGAUGGUUGCUCUGCUCAAAGGUGCCAGACAUGCUCCAAUGGAAGGACUUUACCUGGUCGGUCUUCCACUGGUGCAACAAUACCUGUAUCAGUUUGAGCAGCUGGUGAAGGAGCAGAUACCAAAGCUGGGUGAACACUUUGAGAAGGAGAUGGUUAACGCAUCUAUGUAUGCCAGCCAGUGGUUCAUCACAGUUUUCUCCUACUCGUUCCCUUUUGCGCUCGCUCUCAGGAUCUGGGAUGUUUUCUUGCAUGAGGGCAUGAAGAUCGUUUUUCGUGUGGGGCUUGCUCUCCUGAAGUAUUGUCAGGACAGUCUGGUUUCUAAGCGGCUGGAGGAGUUACGCGAAGAAUACUUGACGUUGAAUAAUCCACAGGCGAUAAUGACUCGCGUGGUCAAGUUGCCCAGCGCACCGCAAAGUGCUGUCACCAAAAGAACGGUAUGCCUCUGUCAUGGAGUUCUUUUUGGAAGUCCACGGCAUUCAGCCCACUGGCACAGCUCGUCCUUACCUGACUUUCAUUGCUUUUCUGGGGCUGCAUGUGGCCAGGAUUGUGGUCAGAUGCAUCCUGGGAAGUCUGGCUGUGGGUAUGAUAUCACUGGCACAGCUCAUCCCGACUUGCAUUGCUUUUCUGGGGCUGCAUCUGGCCAGAAUUGUGGUCAGAUGCGCCCUGGGAUCCCGACCAUGGGUAUGAUAUCACUGGCGCAGCUCGUCCGGACUUUCAUCGCUCUUCUCGGGCUGCAUCUGGCUAGGAUUGCGCUGCACGUUUUUGUCGGAAACGGGAAAGGACAUGGGAAUGGGAAACGGCAUGGGUACCACCCAUUCGGCAAGGACAUGUCCUUUUUCGGAACGGGCCAGCAGCAAAGAUUUUGGAACCUGUCAGGAUGUGAACUGUGGUCUCCCAAUCCGCAGCAGUUGAGAAGAGUUGCUUGUGUGUAUUCACGGAUUGUGCAAGGAGAUGUCAACUGCUCAGAUUUCUUCGAUCCUCAGUUUCAGCGGAUUGGCAGACGUCUCGUGAGAGACCGCAUGGCGGGCCAUGCAAACAAUGUUGCUGAGAGACCGCAUGGCGGGCCAUGCAAACAAUGUCGCGUUAUGGACCAGCAGGAAGGAAACUCUGCUUUGCAUGAUCAGCAGGCCGAGCGACUCACAGCUGAGAUCUCGUCGCAAUCACUGCCAGGUACGGAGAGAAGGCGCAGGCUGUCGAUGGGUUGUUAUAUCAACAGGGAGGGGUGUGGAACGCAAUCAGGGAAGGGUCUGCUCACUGGUACACUAGCGGACACGUCUGACGCGAGGAGUCGAGGACGACAUAUCAAUAUCUGGUUGAUGAAUUCAACGGGCAGUAGAUCACGGGAUCGAUUCUUUGUUGAUGCGUUAGGCCAGCUCAGAUGACGAGGAGGAGGGCCUGCCACAAUGUGUGUGUGGAGCACAGAAUGUUUGGCAGGAGUGUGACUGGCUGUUGAUGCUUUAGGCCAGCUCAGAGCAUGAGGAGGGCCUGCCACUAUGUGUUUGUGGAGGACAGAACGUUCCGCAGGAAGGUGAGUGUCUGCUGCUUCAGUGCCAAAAUCUCAAGCGGAAGUCGUUUGCCUACUCGCUCCUUGAGGUGGGACAGGGUGCUGCCAUCUCUUAAUUGGUAAUGCAUACUGUGAAGGCUUGAUGUGUUGCCGAAGCCACUGGUAUCUCCAAAUAAGCAGAGAGCUAUGUCGAGCACCGUGGAGCCGGUGUGUUGUUGUCCUGCAACUCUGCGCACAGCAGCACAGAAAUAAACUAGUCCCUCUUCA